CAAUCGGAAGAACUUAAGAAGAUUAUCGACCACUAUGGCUCCUGUGCAUCUGAAAGCAUCUCCUGUUGAUAAAGAAUCUCAGGUGGAAGCUUUCGAGAAAGCCAAGAAGAUAUUACAGAGCCAGAAGAUCUUUUUUACUCCAGUUGCGAAGCAAGGGAAAUCUAGAAAUCAACGCAAACAAGAUGUCAACUUCGCCACGAUGAAUGAUCAUGAAGUCCAGAAGUUGUUUGCUACUGUUAAAAAUGAUCUUAAACAAGCUAAUUAUUCAUUGAGUCGAGUCUUGAACUCGAACAAGCUGAUAAAUAAUUUCAAGCCAAGAAUACAGAACAGGGUUGUUGUUGAGCAUCAAAGGACCUGCUUUAUCAAACUCACUGUUGAAAAUCAAAUUGCACCUCUAAAAAUAGAAGUGCUUGACAGUAAGAAUCAUAAACUGGGAGUUGAUAGGGGUCGUCAAGAUAGCCCAAUAUUGUAUAUAUCAGAGUAUAAUAAGUAUCCAGAUGAAGAUGAUCAUCAGAAGAAGUAUAUUUGAGGAAGAAACAAGAUAGAGUACCAUCCAAGUGACAGGAGUCCAUACUUUUUAUGAAGGAAUAUCUUUAUUUGUAUCAAAUCGAGUAAAUUCUACAAGUUAAAUUUCUAUUAUUGCUUCGGAAACCAAGCUUUGCACAUCAGGAGAGAGAAGCGACAAGCCGCCUCUAUGAUCGAUUUAUUUUCCUCAGGAGCACAAGAUAUUGGAAUUAAACCUGGCGGCUUACGCAAUAUGAAAAUCAUGUAUGCUUAUAAAACUAAAAUUAAUGAACUUACAGAAGAUAAUUCGAAGCAAAAAGAAUUAUUUACCUUUAUCCAAAACAUUCGAAAGAAGAGACAAAGAGGCUCUCGGAAGCAAAGCAAGAUAAGCCGCUCUGUUGUUUCUUUGCCUGAGAUCGAGCAGCGGCAUCAAAUCGCGAAGGAUAAGAGAACCAAGAUUGACCUAAUGAAGAGGAAGAAAAAUCUAAGAUUUCUUGAAACAAACAAGAUUUUGAAACGAGAAAAGAACCUAGAAUUCAUUGAAAAGGCUAAAGAAACUGCCAAAAGGCAAAGAAUUAAGUUUUUUAUUGUACAGAUUCAUCUCAAAAGGCUCAUCAAAACAAUAGAAGUGAAGUGCACUGAUCGUCAAAUACAAAGAGACAAAGUCCAAAUGAUGUAUAAGAGCUAUUUCGUGCUCCAAAUUUCAUUCUCACGACAUAUAAAGCGUAUUGGGCCUUCUCAUGAUCAAAGAAUUCAAAGGAAAAUUCUAAACUGUCUCACUUUUCUCCAUAAUGCUAAAAAAGGAGUACCUAAAAAGGUUCAGGAGAUCUUAGCGAGGUUUUUGAGAGAUACAACCAUGGUGAAAGAGCUCAAGAGAAAGUCUAUAAUAUUUGGAAGAGAGCUUUACAUUGAUAAUAGAAAAUAA